GGCUGUGCAGGAGCAUCACAGCUAGGAGUCAGCUGCUGUGCAGCUAACUCCGCUUGGAGAUUGGUUGUUUCCUGUCCGUGAGUUUGGAACCGAAAAUGAUUAUACCUUAACCAUGUAUUUUCAACAAUAUUGGAGAGAUAAAAGGCUCGCCUAUUCGGGGAUCCCUCUCAACCUCACGCUUGACAAUCGAGUGGCUGACCAGCUGUGGGUGCCUGACACAUAUUUCUUGAAUGACAAAAAGUCGUUUGUGCAUGGAGUGACAGUGAAAAACCGCAUGAUCCGCCUCCACCCUGACGGGACAGUGCUGUACGGGCUCAGAAUCACCACGACAGCAGCGUGCAUGAUGGACUUGAGGAGGUAUCCUCUGGAUGAGCAGAACUGCACUCUGGAGAUCGAAAGCUAUGGCUAUACCACGGAUGACAUUGAAUUUUACUGGCGCGGUGGGGACAAGGCUGUUACUGGAGUAGAAAGGAUUGAGCUGCCACAGUUCUCCAUUGUGGAGCAUCGUUUGGUCUCGAGGAAUGUUGUCUUUGCCACAGGUGCCUACCCACGACUCUCACUAAGCUUUCGGUUGAAGAGGAACAUUGGAUACUUCAUUCUUCAGACUUACAUGCCCUCCAUACUGAUCACAAUUCUGUCGUGGGUGUCCUUCUGGAUCAAUUAUGAUGCAUCUGCUGCUAGAGUUGCUCUUGGGAUCACUACUGUGCUGACAAUGACGACCAUCAACACGCACUUGCGGGAGACAUUGCCCAAGAUCCCCUAUGUCAAAGCCAUCGACAUGUACCUGAUGGGCUGCUUUGUCUUUGUGUUCCUGGCCCUUCUGGAGUAUGCCUUUGUCAACUACAUUUUCUUUGGAAGAGGCCCUCAAAGGCAGAAGAAGCUUGCGGAAAAGACAGCCAAGGCAAAGAACGACCGUUCAAAGAGUGAAAGCAACAGGGUGGAUGCGCACGGAAAUAUUCUGUUAACAUCGCUGGAGGUUCACAAUGAAAUGAAUGAGGUUGCAGGCAGUGUGGGUGAUACCAGGAAUUCAGCAAUAUCCUUUGACAACUCAGGAAUCCAGUACAGGAAACAGAGCAUGCCUAGGGAAGGGCAUGGGCGAUUCAUGGGGGACAGAAGCCUCCCGCACAAGAAGACCCAUCUACGGAGGAGGUCUUCGCAGCUCAAAAUUAAAAUUCCUGAUCUAACCGAUGUGAAUGCCAUAGACAGAUGGUCCAGGAUCGUGUUUCCUUUCACUUUUUCUCUUUUCAACUUAGUUUACUGGCUGUACUAUGUUAACUGAGUGACUGUACUUGAUUUUUCAAAGACUUCAUUUAACACUGAGUGAAAUAUUACUCUGCCUGUCAAGUUUUUAUACCUGUACACACACAGACACACACACGCAGACACACACAUAUAUACAUACGCAAUUGUAUAUAUAUGUGAACUUUCUCAGCAUAUAUAUAAAAUACACAUGUAUAUGAGGAUGUAUGAGUAUAUGUUUAUACACAUAGGUCUCAGUACCCAUGUGUAUGGAAAACAAAUACACAUACAUAUAUACAUUUUACAGCUAUGGACAAUUGAACACAGGAUGCAUAUUAAGGAAAGUUAUAGAUUUUUUUCUCUUUUAAUUGAAAGGGACAAUUAUCAUCUAAGUAUUAUGCCUUGAGAAUGAGGGCGUGAAACACAAUAUCAUUCCAAAAUGUGUCUUUUAUUCUCAUAAAGUAGAUAUUUUAGUUUAAGAAUCAGAAAGGCAUUCUUAAUUAAUCUUUGAAAAUCAUACAGUGGUAUUGCUAGCUUAAAAUGAGUCACAUAUUUCAUACCCUCUCUUUGAGUUUACUAAGUGAAGGCUUUUUGGCUUUUCUGAUGGUGGGGUCUGUUUCAUCAGGCAUACUAUUUUGGUAAUGGGCUAGCGAAUGAGGUGAGCUGCUGGCAGUGCACUCACCUGUCGUUUUAAACACAGAUAGAUCCCACGUUGGUUUAUGAACGACCAUCUUUUAAAAACCCAUCAGGAGUGAAUGGCCUCCCAUUGUAAGGACUCUAAUAUACACUGUGUGGGUUUUUUGUUCAUUUGGAGUGGAUCCAGCUUAACUGCCAUGUGGGAACACAGUGGCACAUUUUGGCAAUGACAUUUCAAUCACUGAAAAUGUGCUCUACAGGCCUGAUAUCUAACAGAAAGCAUAGACGUCUCAGGUUAUUUGUUACUCUAAGGUAAAACCAUCUAGGGUGAUUUUCCCCCUUGCAGUUAUGUUAUCAACCAUUCUUAUAACAUUGUAUGUUAAUAGAAAAUAUAUUUGCAUAAUAUGCAUAUAUAUGUAUAUUUACCAAGAUUUUGUUUCUUACGCUUGCUAUCAUGGCAGCAUGCGAUGUCAUAUUUUCCUUUAAGUGAUGUAACUACUUUUUGUUAUCUAGAAAUUAGGAUUGAAGCUAAAACACUUCUACUGUUCAAUUUCAGAAACUAAGAAACAUCCUCAUGCCUUUAUUUCUGUAUCUGACAUAUCUCAUAAGCUCAUCAAACUACUCCUAGACUGACUAGGAUUCUGCAGGAACACGACUCGUACACACCACACGUCACCCAACGACCCAUGACAGUUCUCUGAGGCGAAGGAGGGCAACCUGACAACAAACACAUACACUUUGGGCUCCUUCUGAUCCACGGCCUCAUCAGUAUUUGGACUUUUUAAAGCUCGCAGAAACAAGACAAGGUGCACCGGUUUCAUAGACGCAAACUUAACUUACUAUUUAGAUGAGAUCUUUCUAAAGAAAAAAAAAGAGAUGAUAUAUUUUUUGUAAACAAUAUUUCUAUCACAGGCAUCCAUAAACUGAAAUGACUACAGUUUUGCAAACAGGUGUCACAGUGACGUUGAGCAUUUGGAGAAAAAAACAAAAAGCAAAAUAUGUAGGAAGAACUGCUAAAUUAAUCCUUUAUCCCAAAAUGCCACAUAUGUCUCACCCUCUGUGUUUUAUGCAAAGCUAAGAACCAUAAUCUAGUCCAGUACUCUAACACCUGGCCCCAGUUAUCUCCACGUAGGUAGAGGCACCACCCUCCCUGAGGAUGUAUGUGGUGUGAACUACCGCCAUGAGCUGACCGCUACUUGAUUUUUCUUUGGUGGCUGUAACAACCUUUAAUUUGUGGGCAUCUCUAACGUUCAAAACUCACCAUCAGAUAAAACAUAAUCCACAAAAUCUCAUGCUGGAGGCAACUUCCAAUUUGUAUACCCCUUUUCCUCUUUCAUUUGUAUUGUUCUUCUCCCAACUGCUGCCCUCUGGUUUUAUUUCUCUCUGGAGACUAGCCAGUGAUUUAUUUGGCUUUGGCUUUUCUCUGGCAUUUUUUUCAUGGGUAACAAUGGGGGAUCCAAAAGGUUAAACAGAUUGGGAAAAACCUUGUAAGUGGCCUUAUCAUUGUUAACAUGUUAAAGAAAAAAGACAUUUGCAAAGACCUUAUCCCUUUCAAUACUUCAGGUGUCUUUUUCUGCAUCCAGUAAUUCAAGGUGUGAACUCCACAUGCAGAAGAGGGACCCCAAAAUGCCAAUGAACGUGGAAAAAAGCAGUCAAUGGUCUAUUUAAAUGUAUAAUUUAUACUAUCUAGAACUGUGACAUUAGUUCUUUCUGGGAGAAAAGUGAUUUAGAACUUUUUUGAUGCAUAGUUGAGGUACCCAAAUAUCAAAGGCAGAGAUCCCCUUAGGGGGCGCAGAAGAGCUGCAGUCUACUUCCCAAGGUUUUCUGGAUAUAAAUUUGCAUGGUAUAGUCAUAAUAGCUUUUGAGCUUUUUAUAUGCAUUUGGCACCAAGACUGGGAUCCACCACUUUGUAGACACUGCGAUGAAGUUAACAUACUAGCUAUACUAUAAAUAGUGUUUGUAACUACACACACACAUGCAAACACACACACAAAUACAUACAUAUAUUCUGUAAAAACAACAAAAAAAGAAAACUUUUUAAGAUCCUUGGGUAUGUGUUUGCUUUACUCCAUUUCAGAAGUAAAUUACAUUUCUUCUAACAAAAUUAUUUUAUAGCUUCUCCAUUUUUAAAAGUUGUGAGGAGUAUUGAGAAGAGAACUCUGCUGAUAGAAGAUAGUUGAAUUUGAUUCUCUGUUCUGUUAAAAUGACCUCUCAUUACUCCACAGUAGUUAUUUGAGCCAGUGAGUGAGCCAUGCUGAGAAAUGCAGUGGCUGUUACCCACACCCAGACCUCUUGAGUCAGGAGAGAAAUCUAUAAUUGGGGAUAUAAUGAGAUUUUGUUCUCAAGAAAUGAAAAAAAGUUGAUCUUCUAAGUAGUCCUGUCUUUCCAAAAUGCUUUCAUGGGGGUUCAAAUUGUACAGAAGAAUCUUGCUAUGACAGUUUGUUAUAUAUGACAGUUACUCAUGUUCAGAUAUGCUUGAGACAAUUCAAGAGCCCUACUACAUAACUAACUCCCUACAGAAAAAGACUGAUAAGACUUGAGUUGUCUUUAAAACAAGUGUUAUUCCUAUUCACCAACCCCAGGACUAUAGAGGGGUUUCACUGUCUAUACCAUGAGAACUUCAAUUACCCCUGAAUUUCAAAUGAACUAGAUAGUAUGUCAUAAUAAUGCUUCCAUUGGGUUUGAGAGUUACAUGUACAUCUGCAAUGUCAUGUGUUUUUAAUGCCAGCGCCCAGAACUUUGACAUGUUCAGUCACUCCCAUCAAAGGUUCUUCUCUCCUAUCCAAACAUGACAUUGACAUUUUCACCAAGGAGAUCAUCUCAGAGGUGAUGCCAACAAGUUUGGGACUGGUUUGAAGGGGACAGGCACAUUGCAGUUGUAGGUAUUCAUUUCAGCAUCUAAUAGAUCAUCCACUGAUGUUUGUACCACAAUGGUGUGUUCCAAAAAAAGAAUGUGUCUAAUUUUGAAUCUCCUGGCUUGAAAGUAUAAACCAUUCCAUAACUCUUGCUUUAAUGCCCAACUUGAAAACAACCAGUUCAAAUUUCUGGCCAUUUUAUGUAAGCAAAACUGAGCAAUUGGUGAAAUAUUGUGUUGCUCUUAGAAUUGACUCUGGCUCUUAUCUUAGUGUGAGCCAUUGGUCAGAGUAAGAUUGAAUCUUGGGGCAAAGAGCUGCCCAGGUGGACUAAAUUUUUUCCAGGACACUAGCUAGUGUGCCUUGGAUUGAUUACCUCUUCUAUUGCAUUGAAAGGUGCCAUGUUUUCCUGAAAUACUAAAUUUCCAACACCUGGGUAAACAAUGACCUCCCAGAGAGUGGUUCACAUAGGCCUCUCCCUCAGGCCAGCCCCAUGAAUAUGUUUUGUCAUUCUCGUCUCAAGUUUCUACUUCACAAGUCAGUGAGUGUGUUUAAGGUAAGUACAGGAUUAUUCUAGUAGGAAUAGGCGAUUGCUGUCAUGAUCAAUUUCCAUGUUGAUUUCGUUUUAUUGUAAAGAUAAAUUUAAACACAGUUUUGCUUAAGCACAUUGAUGUAACUUUUUGGUAUUAUUUGACAUGAAAAAAAAACAACAAAAUUGAGUGAUAGAUACAAUAUGAAACUUGUUGAUGAAUGAAUUCAAAUUUAUUAAAAAAGGACUAACUGAC